AUAAAAUACACAACUCCCAGCAAAGGGUACACUGUCAGCUACAGUUGCGGUCAAGAAAAUAGGUUCUAUUUGGUGAUGUAAAAUUAUUUUAAAUUUUGUUUCGAAAUUAAAUUCCUAUUAAUUGAUUAAUUAUCAGUUAAAGAUUUUCAUUGUAUGUUUAGCAUUUUUUUAACAAGGAAACUUAUUAAGAAUAUUAUUAUUUAACGUUUUGAGUAAUUUAGAAAAAAGUCUAAUUGAGUAAUUAGUUACAUGAGCAUAAUAAAUUCAAUUUUUUCCUUUAAAAAAUUCCCUUAUUUUCCUGUAAAAAAUUGCCUUAAUAUGAAAAGGUUUUUUAAAGAAAACAAAUGGAAAAUUUAUUAUUUUUAUUUUUUAAGUAAUUAAAAAUUAAAACUUUAACGUUUUAGUUUUAAUUUUAAAUAAUAAUAAGUUCCCUUCUUUUCCCUAAAAAAAACUACGUUAAUAUGUGAUUCGUUUUAUUGGAUUUUUUAAAAAGAAAACAAGAGAAAUUAUUAUUUUUCCUUCUAAUUAAUUUAAAAUUAAAACUUAAAUACUUAAUUUAUUUAAAAAAAAUGUUCCUAAAACUUUAAAUAAUAAUUUUCCCAAUCAGUUUCCUAUACAUAAAACGUAAGUCUCUAAUUGAUUUUUAGAAAGGGAAAUACUUAAAUGUUUUUUGCUCUUUUUUUUUGUAUUUAAAUAAAUUCCACGUUGUACAUUAGAGCUUUGUUACUCAUAGUUUAGUUGCCAUUACUAAUGUAUUGGCCACGGUUAUGUUUAGUGUACUUCGGGCGUGUGUGUGUAUUUGUGCAAAUGUCUUGGCUCUCGCUCUUUUAUUUUAUGACUGUUGUUUUUUUUGCUGUGGGCAGUAACAAAAACCUUUUGCAAGUUUAGUUACAAGUACGAUAGUUCCCAUUUAGAUUUCGACUAUCUACGCUUUGUGUUUUUCAUUUCCUCGUCCAAUACAGCCAGUGUCUGUGGACGUGGGUGUGGGUGUGUGUGUUUGUGUGGGAAAUAAUCUGUUACUAAAGAAAGAUAUUGUAUAUUUUGGGUACUUUACAACAAUUGCUUAUCCUUCUCUCACCAGCGCUCGCUCUCUGUGUCUCUGUUGUUGCUUAAUUCCAGUAUUCGGCCCCUUUCUCUUUUUCGCAUCUCUCACUCCCCCUUCUCUUCAGCUCUCUAUCUCUCACUCUCUCCCGUUUGUGGCACCUCGGGGGUGACGUAGCUCACUUGGCUGCCAUUGCUCCACUUUCACACAGCUGUGAGAGCGAGAGAGAGUGCUUCUAACUGGAGAGAGAGCAAGCUAGCUAGCUGGUUGUUGUCCAUAGGCGUAGUGGAAGGGGUAUAAGGGAUUAUCAACUUAAACUAAGAUUUGUACAUCAAAAUCUACAAAUAUUCUCGUUUCAUAAACUUUAUUUUAAUAAAAACCACACAACACACACAAACCCCCGGAAAAUCCAACAAACUACGCCCAUGCUGCCUUCGUUCCUCUUGUGGUUAGAAGCAACGUUUGUUGGCGCUUUUGUUUAGGUUUUUGUUGUUGCGCCAGUUGUGUUGUGUCAGUCUGCGCUGGUUCCCGCUGAAGUGGUGUCGUCGUCGUCGUCGUCGUCCGCUCGCUCUGUGUCCAAACUCCGGUUGUCUUUACCGCUCCCGCUCCAGCUAGACAACAGCUCCAUUCCGCUCGAUUUGCUCUGCUGCUCCAGAAAAUGCGCUGGCAGCUGCAGUUCCAGCUCCAUCUGCAUUUCCAAUAAGAGAAACGCCACCAGAUGCCGCCGCACAAGUGGACGGAUGAGUCGCGGGACGCAUCCUGCUAUUACCCGGACACCGCUGCCUCCCGUUUCCGGCGACCCUCGUCCUCGUCGAACUCCACGGGCUCCCAAGGAAGGUCCGAUGACGAGGCCGAUGACGAGCGGGAGGCGUUUUGCUCCGGCGAACGACCGCUGAUCCGUUCCCGCGGCGCAGGAGGAGUGGAGGAGAACAACGAUGCCUGCUGCAGCCUCAAGACUCGUCACAUUUUCGGUUUCAUGGGCUUCCUGGGCUUUGCCGUCGUCUACGCCAUGCGGGUCAAUCUCUCGGUGGCCAUUGUGGCAAUGGUCAAUCAAACGGCCAUUCCGCACACCAACUCCUCCGUAGUAGACACCGACACUUGUCCCAUGCCAGAACCAAAUCGCAAUGAUAGCGACAUCAAUCCGCAGAAGGAGGGCGAAUUUGUGUGGGAUGAGGCCACGCAGGGCUUGGUCCUUGGCAGCUUCUUCUAUGGCUAUGUGCUCACCCAAGUGCCCGGCGGACGAAUGGCAGAGCUCUAUGGCGGCAAAAAGAUCUAUGGUUAUGGCGUAUUGGUUACGGCAAUAUUUACGCUCCUCACACCGCUGGCCGCCCACUGGGAUCUGCCGCUGCUGGUGCUUGUCCGCAUCCUAGAAGGCAUGGGCGAGGGCGUAACCUAUCCGGCCAUGCAUGCCAUGCUGGCCCACUGGAUACCGCCGCUGGAGAGGAACAAAUUUGCGGCUGUAGUAUAUGCUGGAUCCAAUAUUGGCACUGUCAUCUCAAUGCCCCUGGCCGGUUGGCUUUGCUCCUUGGACUUUUUAGGCGGCUGGCCGUCUGCCUUCUAUAUCUUUGGACUGUUGGGCAUCUUGUGGUUCGGAUGCUGGAUGUAUCUGGUGUACGAUAAGCCGGCCGAUCAUCCCAGGAUCUCGUGUGCGGAAAGGGAGUACAUAGAGGGAAGUUUGAGAGUGAUUAGCGAGGCAGAGCUACACCUGGAGACGGAGGAGGAGGAGGCGGACGAGGAGCAAGCCAUUCAGGCCGAGGAGGAAGUUCUUUCCGUUCCGGACAGAUCGAGGACACAGAGGUUGCCUGCAGAGGAACCCAUACCCUGGCGAUCGCUGCUAACAUCCGUGCCCCUGUGGGCAAUUCUCCUCACGCAGUGCGGCCAGGGCUGGGCCUUUUACACGCAACUAACGGAGCUGCCCACCUAUAUGAGCAACAUCCUGCACUUUGACAUCCAGUCAAAUGCCCUGCUCAAUGCUGUUCCCUACCUGACCGCCUGGUUCGUGGGCAUCGCCUGCUCCGCCCUCGCCGAUUGGAUGCUGGCCCGGCGCUACAUCUCGCUGUUGAACUCGUACAAACUGUGGAAUACGGUGGCCUCGGUGGUGCCAUCGCUGGGCCUGAUAGGCAUCAUCUAUGUGGGCUGCGACUGGGUGUGGGUAACCUUCAUGCUCGCCGGCGUUGGAUCCUUUGGCGGUGCCGUAUAUGCUGGCAAUCAGAUGAAUCACAUAGCCCUUAGUCCGCGAUAUGCAGGCACCAUGUAUGGAAUAACCAAUUCAGCGGCGAAUAUCUGCGGUUUCCUGGCGCCCUAUGUCAUCGGUUUGAUCAUCAAUCAUCGCGAGACACUGACUCAGUGGCAUGUGGUCUUCUGGCUGGCGGCGGGACUAAAUAUAGCGGGGAACUUUAUCUACCUGAUCUUUGCCAGCGCCGAGGAGCAGAGCUGGUCAAAGGCCCGGCGACGCGGCAACCCACGAUCCUUGCGCGCUUGAAGCGUCCAACUAUUUGCUAUGAUUUUUGUUUUAUUUUUUUUUUUUUAGCCUAGAUCAUAAGCAUUUGUGAUAAUUCCGAUAUAUAUAGUACAUAUAUAUACAUAGAGUAUAUAGCCUAUGGACUCAAAGUUGCUUCCGAAAAUUGAGACCGAAACUAGUGCUACCAAAAGGAACGAAGAUGGAACGAAAUUUGAUGUUAACUGUUUUAGUGCUCGGUGUCGUUUUAUAUGGACUUUUGUUAUGCUAGGCGUCGUUUUUUUUUAUACCACUAUAUAUAUAUAUACCAACCCAACUAUAUAGUAGAGUAUAUAUAUUUAUAUAUCGAAGAUAUAUAGGUACAAUACACCCACAUAUUCAGCUUUAGAAGGACAUUAUACACAGCUAUACACAUACCAAGUGUUAGACCUAAGUAGAGCUAGUGAUAUAUCUGUAUACACAUACCAUGGAUCUAUGGAUACUUUGUAAAACUGUAAAUGUAUGCGAGUAACCAAGUCUGUGACAAAUGGAUUUUUGUCGGAAUAAUAAACAAGCACAAACAUAUCGAAAA